ACCAUUUUAAAGCUCUAGAGCAACUAGUCGGGAUCGGGAGAUCGAGAGAGAGGGAGAGAGAGGGAGAGAGGGGAAAAAACCCACGGGAGGAAGUAGCUAGAGAGAAUCUACUAGGAAAAAUCGAAGUUUAGGGUUAGGGUUUCUGCAACUGAUAUUCUUUUGUCAGCAGAAACCACCAGCAGAUAUGCCGAAGAACAAGGGUAAGGGAGGUAAGAACAGGAAGAGAGGUAAGAACGAAGCAGACGACGAGAAGCGAGAACUCGUCUUCAAGGAAGACGGGCAGGAGUAUGCGCAGGUGCUUCGGAUGCUUGGCAACGGCCGCUGCGAAGCCAUGUGCAUCGACGGCACCAAACGCCUGUGCCAUAUCCGAGGCAAGAUGCACAAGAAGGUCUGGAUCGCCGCUGGAGAUAUCAUACUCGUCGGUCUCCGCGAUUAUCAGGAUGACAAGGCUGAUGUUAUCCUCAAGUACAUGCCUGAUGAGGCCAGGCUCUUGAAGGCAUACGGCGAGCUUCCGGAGAACACCCGUCUCAACGAGGGUAUUGCCGCCGGCCUCGACGAGGAGGAGGAUGGUGCUGGGGAUGAUUAUAUCGAGUUUGAGGACGAAGAUAUUGACAAGAUCUAGGGUUUGGAAUUAUCUAUAGUUUAUGUGUUUUCUCCUUUACAGUUUAAUUUUAUAAGGAUCAAUCGUACGGGAUUGGUAUGUUGUAGUAAAUCCGAGAAUUUUAUUUUUCGUGCAUUUGUGAUGACUAUGUUAUGAUGAAUUAGAGCUUCCCGGAUGGUAUUGAAUGAAAAUAAUAGCGAAUUGGUGAAGUUCAAUAUUGUAUCUA